AUGUUGUACCCAUGGAUCCAGUUAGCUGGGCAUCAAGGAAACUUCCAUGCUGGGGAGGCAGGUUCAGUGUUGAAGAAGUUAGACCCCAGGGAACAAGUCUGCUUUCAGAAACUGAUGCUAGACACACUCAGAGAUUGUGUGCCAGAGUACAGAGGACCAGAAGAGAAAAAUGGAGAAACAUACAUUCAGCUGCAAGACUUGCUGUGUUCAUUCAACCACCCCUGUGUCAUGGAUGUUAAAAUGGGGGUCCGGACAUAUUUGGAAGAUGAAAAAGCCAGAAAGUCUCCGUCUUUGAGAAAGGACAUGUACCAAAAGAUGAUUGAGAUUGACACAACAGCCCCCACCACAGAGGAACAUGAACAAAAAGCUGUGACCAAGCCCCGCUACAUGCAGUGGAGAGAUGAAAUGAGUUCUUCUGUUGAGCUUGGUUUUCGUGUAGAGGGCAUCAAGAAAAGUGAUGGGAAUUCCAGUAAAGAUUUAAAAAAAACCAAAACAAGAGAAAACAUUGUUGAUAUAAUUAAAUCCUUUGUUGGAGAUAAUGAAACUAUUGUGGAAAAAUACUUACAAAGAUUAAAAUAUGUUAUGCAUACUCAAGAAAUAUCUGAAUUUUUCUCUUCACAUGAGGUCAUAGGCAGCUCCUUGUUAUUUGUUCAUGAUAUGGAUGACAAUGUUGGUGUUUGGAUGAUUGACUUUGGUAAAACAGAACCCUUGCCUGAAGGUGUGAAGAUCAAUCACAGAGACAAUUGGGUGGAAGGGAACCACGAGGAUGGCUACCUGUUCGGACUUGAUAACCUGGUUUCUAUUUUUGAUGAAGUCCACAAGGGCCUUAAAUCAAGUGCUGUAUAAUUGUGUGUUAGUUUAUUGAGAAUGAUAUGUGCAGGCUGGUUGUUUUAUUUUAAGUAUGCCUCUAAACAGGCAAUGCAUAAAUGUAAUUUGGGGUUGAUGCUUGCAUAUGGUGUGUCAGAUUAUUGUAUCAUUGGAUUUUAAAAUAUUUUGAAAUUUCUGUAAUAGUUAAAAUAGUUUGCUAUAAAGAAAAGCCUGUAAUAUAACCUUGUCUUUGUAUAAUUCAUCAAUUUGGUUACAAAAAUAAUUGAAUUAAGCCAUUAUUUAUGUCAAAAUUCAUUAAUAUAAGGGAAGUAAUGUACUCCAAUUUUCCUUUUCAGUUAGCAAAAUAAAAACUAACAAGAAAUUUGUUCUAAAGUAAUCCAAACAAAAUUCUUUACACAUCCUGUUUAUUAAAUAUUUAUGAUCUCUUUUGAUUAUAUAAUUUUUAAAUCCAUGAUUUGUUUAAUAUGAAUAAUUUAUUCUAUUAAUAACAUUCACAUAAUGUAUAUAAGGCUUUGUAGGAGUUGAACAUACUAUUGUUUAAGUUAUAAAUAAGUUCAAUAUAAUAUUGUUAUGGCUAUGAUGAAGUUUUAGUAAGAAUUCAAGGCUCAAAUCUUAAGUUGUGCUCAGGUUGUGAGAAGUAUUAUGUUUACUGUAGUUGCUUAUUUGUGCAACUGUGAAAUCUUUUAGGUUCUUUCUAAAAAAAACUAGUGAAAACAGUAUUAUAAUCUUGGGUUUUUUGUGACCAAAAAACAAUGUUAAUCUGUUGCGUUACAUUUUUUAAAAAUAGGUAGAUCUCAGUUUCUUAUUGUAAAAGAAAAUUUCCUGGAAUUAUUACUUUCCAAGUAGUGGCAUUGGCCCAGAAAACUUUCACCUGGGUCAUAAAUGUGCAGUGGUAUUAUAAAAACUUGUUUUUGUAGUCAUUGGCUAGAUUUUCUCAUCCACACAAAAAUGGCUACAAACUAGGCUUAACAAGAUCAUGCUGAAUAUAAUUUAUAGGAUUAUCAAAAAGGCAUAUGAAGUAUUGGCUUUUACUUCCAUUUAUUUUUUUCAAUCACAAACCAGCAUCAAGGAAAUCUUACAAAUAUCCUUAACAUUUACCUGAAGAAAAAAAUGAUUAGCUUGAUUUAACAAUAGCCAACUAAAAGUUAAUCUUUCAAAAAUGUAAAGUCUGGUUGGUCUAUAUGUAAAUAGAAAUGUAGCCAUAUAAUAAAAAAAAAACUAUCUUCAAGUUCUCUGCAUUUGUCUUAUGAUUGUGAUCCUUUCAGCCAUCUGGGCCAAUGCCAUUAUGUUCUUUUACAAACACUCAAAAAAUUGUUUUUAAAAGCUUUCUAGGAACUUCUUUUUCUCUUUCAUAACCAUCACCAAAUUUCAUAUGUUGUGAAAUAUGUAUUUAUAUGUAUAACAUCAUAACAUGCGUGUAUAAUACAUAUAAAAAUGAGUAUUUGCUUCUGUACAUAUGUAAAGUAUAGCUCAUUUUUUACUGUGAUCUGAUGUGUGCCACCUACUGUUUAACUUUUGGUGGCACAUGAUUAGCUUUCACUUUCCAUAGCUGUUUACGAUUUUUCUAAACUUAGUAGAGAAAUCAAAUUUGCCCGUUUUAAAAUGAGUUAAAAUCUCACUGAUGUGUCCAAGAAUAUUGAAGAUGUUUGAAACUAAAUAUUGUACAAAGCAAAUGGAUGUAUAACUAUAUUUUUUUUUUAGAUAAGCUAUUAUAUAAAUAUAUGCAUAUAUAAUUUAUAUAUUUUCUAUCAAGCGUCUUCUCUACAUGUAUGAGCUAAGAAAAAAAAUUAUUUUCUGAGAUUUCUUUGUGUUCUUGUUUAAAACAAAUGCUUUAAUUCUUGGCUUGUAAAUGUUUGAAAAACAUCAGUAUUUUCUUUUUAAAUCAACAAACAAAAGUAUCAGAUGCUUUGUGAAUUUUUGUGUAUUUUAAAAUUUAAAGUGCAGAAAAAAAAAUUAGUAUUUGUUAACCAGUCAUUCUUUUAAGAUGAUUUAAAUACUUUAAAUUUUCACAUUUUCUAAACCUUAGUGUACCAGUUGUCUUUUUAAAUAAAAUUAGUUUUCUAACAACUUCUUAAUACAUCAAAAGUAUCACAUUUUAAAGAUGUGCAAUUGAAAUAAACAA